AUGGACUCAUCGUGUCAGAAACGCUUGACGAAAGAAUACCAACAGCUCACACUCGAACCACCAGCUGGUGUCCACAUAAAAGAUGAAUCAACACAUGAUUUGCGACUUUGGACCGUUUAUGUUGACGGUGCUCCGAAUACACUUUACGCUGGUGAAAAGUUCACACUAAGAUUUCGUUUCCCGGAUGAGUAUCCUUUUUCUUCACCCGAAGUUAUUUUCAUUGGUGAUAAUAUCCCCAUUCAUCCGCAUGUAUAUUCCAAUGGUCACAUUUGUUUGUCGAUUCUCAGCGAUGACUGGACUCCUGCACUUUCUGUGCAGGCUAUCUGUCUCUCUGUGCUAUCCAUGCUUUCUUCGUGCAAGGAGAAAAAACGACCACCAGACAAUGCUGUCUAUGUGCGCACCUGUAGUAAAAGUCCAAAUAACACACGGUGGUGGUUCCAUGGUAAAUUUUUAUCGUGA